AUGCAAACGUACCAAUUUAAAGUUGUUUUGCUUGGGAGUACAAAUGUGGGGAAAUCUUCAAUUGUUUCAAGCGAGUGCAGAGACCUUUUUAGUGAAACGAUGAGCAGUACUAUUGGGGCUGCUUUUGUCAUGAAAAGAUAUGAAGUAUCACCAGAGGUGACUGUGUCUUUAGAGAUUUGGGACACAGCGGGGCAAGAACGCUACAACUCGAUUACACCAAUGUACUAUCGAGGCAGCAAAUGUGUAAUCAUUGUGUUUGACUUAACUUCCACUGAAUCUUAUUUGAAAGCUCAACAAUGGGUUAGUAAAGUAAACGAUUUGGGAGCAAAGCUGUUUCUCGUGGGCAACAAAGAAGACUUGACUGAGAUCCGAGCAGUCACCAAGGAAGCUGCCUCGUGUUACGCAAGUGUUUUAAAAAUGGACUAUUUCGAGACUUCUGCUAAGACAAAAAAAGGGGUUAAAGAGCUUUUUGGAAAAAUUGUCGAGACACUCCCACGAACACCAGAGAAUCUCGUUGGUCCAGACCAGAAUGAGGUAAUUAAGUCUUCAUCGUCGGGGUGUUGCUGA